AUGACGGAAGGGUCUUUGGACGCCAAGGGGGCAGUCCACCUGCAAGGCGCUUCGGGGAUGCUUGUCUACCCUGCAGCCCAGGUGAAGCUGGAUACCACCGAAGAGGAUGAUUCGGUUGGGGGUUUGGUGUGGUCCUUUUUCUUUCCUGCCGAUGCCAUGCGGUCUCUGGGACCCUCGGCAACUCUUGAAAUCGACAUGAAGGCUGACAGUGGACGACCGUUCUCCCUCACGUGGCUGAACCGCCUUCACCAUCGGCAAGACGUCGUGCUUCAGAUCGAGGGAGAGCAGAAAAGGGUAGCUCCCGCCCCCUGGAAGGGAGGCCCUUUGCCCGUCCCUCACCCCCUCACACCGCAGCAAGAGCAGCACGAGCGGCAGCAGCACUUGCACAUACAGAAGCAGAAGCAGCAGUUGGAAGCUGCUGGCCUUGUCAAGCCCGAGAAGGAAGUUAUUAUUGAUCCUUACAAGAACGAGUCAUCGAGUUUAUGGCUGCUGCUUCUCUUCUCGGGGUUGGGCGUUGGCGGUGUUUGGCUGAUCUCGCGGCUCAUAAUGAAGCACCGACGGUCCGAGAAGUCACGACAGCGAGACACGGAAUUCGGUCGGUUCGAUUUGCUAGGUAUGGAGGACCGUCAUGUCUCCGACUUUGACGAUGAUGACGUGUAG